AUGGCCGAGACUGCAGUGAUCAUUGUCAUUGACAAGUUGGUUUCAUUGUUAACGGAAGAAGGGAAUUUACUGAGAGGUAUUCAUGACGAGGUUACAAGCAUAAAAGAUCUUCUAGAGAGCAUGGCGUCUUUCCUAAAGGAUGCAGAUGAAAAAGCAGAAAGGGCAAACAAUAGUAGCGGCGUGAAAACUUGGGUGAAGCAAACAAGAGAAAUGGCUAGUCAUAUAGAAGAUGUCAUUGAUGAAUACAUACAUCACGUAGCACGUGAUCGUGAUAAACACGGAUUGAGUGGUUUUCUUCAUAAAACGACUCACACUGUGGGAGGGCUAUUUGCACGCCAUGAGAUAUCCUUGAAGAUUCAACUUAUCAAAAAACGCGUUCGUGAAAUUCUGAAAACAAGUGUAGCAUAUGGCUUUAAUUCAACACAGAAAAUUUCAUUUAGCUCUUCAAGAAGAGACAACAUGUUAUUUGACCAACAAAUGGCUUCCCUUUACACAGAGGAAGCUGAACUCGUUGGUAUUCAAACUUUGAGAGAUAAAUUAAUAGGUUGGUCGAUAGGAGGAGAGGUAGCAUCUAGACGCUCGGUUAGUUCACUGGUUGGAAUGGGCGGUCUAGGAAAAACCACUCUUGCAAAGAAAGUCUUUGAUAACUCAAGCUUCACAGAAUGGUUCGAUUGGCGUGCUUGGAUCACAGUGUCACAAUCAUACAAGAACGAAGAUAUACUAAGAAACAUGAUCACAGAAUUCCACCGGGCAAGGAAUGAGUCUGUUCUAGAGGGAAUUGAAACAAUGGAUUUGAGAUUGUUGAUUCACACCCUACGAGGAUAUCUUAAGGAAAAAAGGUAUGCAGUUGUCUUUGAUGACGUUUGGAGUACAAACUUGUGGGAGUGUGUAAAGCUUGCAUUACCUGAUAACAACAAUGGCAAUAAGGCCUGGGAACUCUUUUGCAAGAAGACAUUCCGAGAUUCGAGUGGAUAUUGUCCACCAGAGUUGAAGAAAUUUACAACUACUAUAGUGAGCAGAUGUGGAGGAUUGCCUCUUGCAAUUGUGGCUAUAAGUGGACUUUUAUCUACCAGAGGUGGGGAUGUGCCUCAAUGGAGAAAAUUGCAUGAUAGUCUUGGCUCUGAGCUGGAGUCUAAUCCUCAUUUAACAAAUGUCACACAAAUUCUUUCUUUUAGCUAUCAUGAUUUACCUCAUCAACUUAAACCUUGCUUCUUAUACUUUGGGACAUAUCCAGAAAAUUGCCCCAUGAGAUGUUCUACACUAAUUCGGCAAUGGAUCGCUGAAGGGUUUAUACAAGAGCAGAGAGGUAAAACAUUGGAAGAGGUUGCGAAAGAAUACUUGGCCGAACUUAUUCAAAGAAGCCUAGUACAAGUGUCAUAUGUUGAUGAAAGAGGGAUGCAUAGAGAAUGUCAAGUCCAUGAUGUGAUGCGUGAGGCCGUGAUCCUUUUAAAGACUGGAGAUAUGAGCUUUUCACAAUUUUUGGAAGAAGAUUCAAGAUUCAAUGAAAAUUCCAGGCACCUAUCUGUUGAUAGCAAUGCAUAUAAUGUUUUUGGUAGCAUUAGAAGCUCUCGUGCCCAUUCCUUGUGUUUUUUCAAUGGCAUAGGUGGGCCACAAAAUCCUUUGACUAGUUGUCGAAAUUUGUACAAAAGAUUCAAGUUCUUAAGAGUACUAGACUUUGAAGAUAGUGUGCUUGACAAUCUCCCUGAGGAAAUAGGAUACAUAUACCACUUGAAGUAUUUGAGCUUGAGGAAUACAAGAGUGAAGAUUCUUCCGAAAUCCAUGGGGAAGCUCGUGAACCUGGAGACUCUAGAUUUGAAACAAUCCCUAGUGCAUGAGAUACCAAAUGCAAUCAAUAAGCUUCCAAAGCUUAGAAAUAUUUUAGCAUACAAUAUGCACAACAACAAACAGCUGGGUCGAACUACAAGACGAGCUGUGGUAAUUCAUGAGGGGAUCGAGCAUUGGAGAAACCUGCAAAAACUGUAUAUUGUAGAGGCAACAGAUAGCCUAGUUAAAGAAAUAGGGAAUUUGAAGCAGUUAAGAAGGUUGGGCAUUCAAAAACUAGCUAGAAAACAAGGGAAAGAUCUAUGCGCCUCUAUUGGAAAGAUGUCUCACUUGCAAUCAUUGGAAGUUGUAGCCAUAAAUGGUGAUGAAAUUAUUAAUUUACAGUCUAUCUCACCUCCACCUCAACGUCUUCAAACUCUAAUUUUGAUAGGGCGUCUAAAAAAGCUGCCUGAUUGGAUUGCAGGAUCUAGUUUUUUAACUCGAUUAGAUUUAUCUUGGUCGAGACUGGCAGGGGAUCAGGAUACCUUAAAAGUCCUACAAGGUCUACCAAAUUUAGUGCGACUUUUGAUCUAUGAGGCGUUUAGUUGCGAGGAGCUGCAUUUUGAAGAAGGAUUUCCAAAACUGAAGGAGCUCAAUCUUAUAAAGUUGAACAGUUUACGGUUGAUGAGAAUUCACAAUGGAGCAUUGCCUCUUCUUGAAAGUUUGAUAAUUGGACCAAGUCCGCAACUGCAACAAGUGCCCUCCGGCAUCCGUAACCUCAAAAAUCUAAAAAAUCUAGACUUCUUGGAUAUGCCUUCGCAUUUCAUAGAUGGGAUUCAAGUUCAAGAAACAGAGCACCGUGUAGGUCCCAGAGUAAUUGUUAUGAAGACGGAAGGUGAAAGAGUCAUGACCACCAAAGUAAUAGAUUCUGCAGUUUUCAUGUAG